CCCCCCAAAAAGGCAUCUUUGUGGUUUGGAGUUGAUGUCGAGAAACAGGCAAACAAAGCUGAUUGAUUAUUCCCUGGAAGUCAAGGGAGACUUCUUUUGGCAUUAAUGGAUGUUCGAAAGAUAUUUACCCAUUUGUUCAGUGAUCCCUGGUCAGCCAUGCUACAGAUAAACUCAAAGCUGCACCUCAAGCUGACGGUCCCUAUCUUCAGCAAGACAUGCACGAUAUCCCUGACUUACCGAUAUAGUCUUCAUGUGGGAGUCAGUGCUCUGGUUUCAUUGGGUGGUCAACAGGAGAGACAAUAUUGUGGACUGGAAGCUAAUCCUCCUGGAAUUUUUCUUGCGGCAAGCAUCAGAAUCAUUUACCUUGAUGCCUUGUCGUUUAUCACAGACUUGGCAUUCGACGCGUCGGUGGAAGGUUUUUUUUUCAGGAUAUUAGAUUCAGCGCAGUUGAAUAACGUUAAAGAUAUCCAGUCUAAUCUACAGGGCAGCCUCGGUUUUAUACGGAGUGAUUUGUCCAGUUUGACGGUGUACCUAUCGUCAAUUGUCAAAUCGUCAGGCUUCAUGUUGGUAACAGAAAAGUUACAGCGGUUAUCAGUUCUGGUACAAGAAACCAGUAGUCUCCUCAACAGCUUCCUCUCAGGUUCAAGUAGCCCUUCGGUUGAAAGCAUUUCUUCAUUUUUGUACGACUUCAUCGCAAACCUUAGAAUUUUGUCAACGGAAAUAUAUAGCUUUGUUUAUCAAAUUUCCGUAGAAAUCUUAUCGUUUGACUGGACAAACAUUUCCAACACUCUUAUGGAAUUUAUUAGAAGCAUCCUAUCAAAUGCCAAAGAAAUGCAGAUAACAUUUUUACAGCAAUUCAAUGCACUAAUAAACGGAUCUGGAAGUUGGGGAGUGAAGGGUCAGAUGUCUGUUUCACUGCUAGGUCAAGAAUUUCUCCUCAGUGCUGAAUUUGUAAGCGCAGACUCAAACAUUGGUCAUUGUGGGCGAUUUGCAGAUCUCUACGAAGAAUUGUCAGAAGAAAAAGCGGUGCGUAUUCAUGGUGUCCUAAAGGUUCCUGGAGUUGACGUGGCUUCUGUGAAAGUGCGACUUCCAACAAAUAUUGUAUGGAAGGUUUUCAUCAGCAUUGACGGAGGAGCCGUUGAAAUGGCUUUAGCCCAAAACAGUGAUAAGUUCUUGAUUAGAAUGGAGGUGUUGGCAAGCAUUUUUGGCGUGGAACUGAGCACGAAUCUCAUCUUGAGACGCAGUGGACUAUCCUCGGUUUUUGAAGUUAAUGUGUUUGGUUUAUUCAGGACAAGAUUGUUAAUAUCUGCGAACAUUUUUGUUCCCGUGUCUGAAAUAGCCUUGAUCGUACAAGGCAGAUUCCUCCCAGGCUCACAUUCGUUUAAUGGCAGUUUAGGAGAUUACAUACGCCUCUUUGCUAAACGUUUAGCUGACUCUGCCGUAAAUAGACUCGAAAGAGCCCAAAAUGCAGUGAAGUCUGCUAAAGGAAAGUUGACAGGGGCACAGAACUGGCUUAAUGAAAAGAAAAAGGGUCUAGAUGGCGCUAAUGUCGCCUUCGACAGGGCAAUCGCUGUACUCGAGGGAGCCAAACAAAAGCUAGAAAAAGCAAAAGAACCUUUCCGCAAGGCCAUGCAAACACUGAACGCUGCCCAGAAACGCGUAGAUGGUCUGUGUAGGAUAAAAUCCUGCUCAAGUGUAUGCAUUCCAGGUAUUAAGGUUCGGUUAUGUUGGGCAAAGGUGUGGUUUCUCAGAAUUCCCUACCCAUGCAUCAGUUUUACAAGCUGUAUGUUUCGCAUUCCAGAUCCUAUCUGCAUUCUUGCUAAUGUUGCUUGUAGAAUUGUUAGAGGUCUGGCGUACGCUGCUUUGGAAAUUGCAAAAAUAGCCGUUCGCAUUCCAAUGGUAGCUCUCGACUUGGCGAAAACUGCUGUGUCCGUUGCACAGAUUGUUGUUGAUAAGUCGCGUGUUCUAAUUGAGGUUGCCAAAGCAGCGUUUGAUCUAGCAGUUCUGGGACUGGAAGGAGUGAAGGUAAUUCUUGAUGCGGCAAAUGUUGCACUCGAAGUAGUGAAGGUGGCUAUAAAAUUAGCUUACCAUGUAUUUGACUUCAUUGUUCAAUAUGGUUUACAGAAAAUCAUUGAUGUUAAACAAUGUGGGUUUGAUUUGGAACUUUCAACGAAGAAUCUCUUUGAAUUUGGAGUUUUUUGUGAGCUGAAUCUGUUUUCUCUGGGAUGGACGAAAGUGGGCUUUAGAAUUAAUUUUAAAAAUCUGGCAAGCAGCUUAUGGAAUGCUGCCAAGGCGGUGGUAGAAGGAUCUUUGAAUGCUCUGGGGAACCUCUUUGGAAAACGGAAAAGAGAAGCCGAUUUCAUCAUUUAUUCGAGGCUUCACAAACUAUAUAGACAGAGACGUCAGACGUCAGAUGGCAACGCUGACGCAUCGGGAAAUAAUACCAUUCCACAAUCUCAGUUUGAUAGUGUGGAUUUCUGGGACAAGCAAUGCUCUACUUACAAACCAAUUUUCGAUUUCUUGAGGUUAGGGGUAGACGUUUUGUUUAAUGUUUCUGUAGAGAUGGAGAAUCAAGCACAAGCUGCAAUGGAAAAUUCGACGCAUCAGCGAACCGCUUUUGGCUGGAUGCAAAAUUCUACGCCAGAAUCUCUUGGGAUAGACAUGAGCAUUGCUGCAGAAGAUUUUAACCUGACAUCAGAAGAGAUACACGCUGCUCUUAAUGAGACAAAUGAAGAUGACGAUGAAGUACUCCACGAAAGUAAAACGGCGAGUGAUUUUAUUCACAAACAAAACAAUGAAAGCGUUGAGAGCACAAUGAGUUACAAGAUAAUACCUGCAUGGAAAGCUGAAAUGGAGAAUCUCACUGUUGAAUAUUUCAAUACAUCAAGCUGUUCGGGUUUUUCUGAUUGUGUAGUGUACAGUUUCGGAGAGCUCUACCAGCUUUUUAGCUCUGUCGAUCCAGACUUGGUAGUUAAUGCUCAACAGAGUCUUCCUGAUUUGGAGAGUUCGUAUAUGGAUUUACUAGAUAACGACACCCGAGAAAUUGUAGACGUAAAAAGCGUUACCAGCGACAUGCUGGACUCUGUCGACUGGAUCGACGCGACCGACAUUUUCUGUGGCACCAUUCCGGUAAUUACAGAAUCUCCCAGCAACAGGACGGCCAUAGAAGGAUCUGACGUUACAUUCGAUUGCAAGGCAGAGAGUAUACCCAUGCCAAUGUAUUACUGGUACAAAAAUGGACAGAUUCUAACUACUGGGCAGCAGUUCACUUCAAUCCAGCUGUUUAAUAUCAGUUCCGAGGAUGAAGGUGUGUACUCCUGUGUGGUAGGAAACCACAUGGCUAACACAACCGCCGACCCCGCUCACCUUGUGGUGGAAUACUCAGCAAGAAUCACAUCACCAUUAGAAGACCUGGAGGUUCUAACAGGAGCAGAAGUCUCAGUAGAGUGUCUGUCGUUUGGCGUCCCUUUUCCCACGAUAUCUUGGUUUACGACUGCAAGUUUACUGCCUGAAUUUCAGAGCAAUCCGUUCAGCCUGUCCCUGACAGACAUCUCUCCGGCUUUAUCUGGUCUUUAUGCUUGCGAAGCGUCCAACGUAUACGGCACAGCAACUUCUACAGAGUCCAUUUUUAACGUCUUUGACGGAACACCAAUUUGUCCGGUAAUGGAAACGUCUUUGGGUUACAUGAGUUCUCAGGGAUCGGUACCUGAAACUGUUUUAUCCGAGAUUGGAGUACACGUCUCAAACUUUGAAGAGGGCAUGGUUAGUGCUAUCAGCAUACUUAUCGAAGGUGUCUAUCCAGAUGUGCAGUUCAAUGUGAAGAAAUAUGACUCGGACGUAAUCAACGUAUUCAUCACCGUCAACUGUAAACCGAAGGAAGUGUGUACCGAGUCAGAUUGUCCGACCAUGUAUCAGGCCAUGCUGGAGAAGGUUCAGAAGUCCUGGGCGCUCCUGCAAACGAAGUUUGAUGCGGAGAGAGCUUUGUUUACACUGAGUGACCACACCUACUAUAUCAAUCCCUCCAUUUUGGACGUGGCCGGAGUUGAGAACGAGUGCCCAUCUGGAUAUCGUCAGUUCACGGAACAUGCAUGUGUGGAUGACACCCAGAGGUACAUGUUACCAGCCCCACUCCUGAACGACUUCCAGCCCUCUCAGGAGAAGGUGAUAUCCUGGCAGAUUCACUCUCGCGCAGAGCGCUUUAUCAGAGGUUACAGAGUCAUGGUACAAAAAGGUAAUGAACCGAAGGUGUUGCUGAACGUAACAACGGUGGCAUCCAGUUAUCACUUGCCACCGGAUAUUGGCAGUGAAACUAAUGAUGGUGACUAUGAGAUUCUGGUUCAAGCCUUCACUGCCUCUCACCAAGGCCAGUGGGCACGACAAUCUGUCACAGGGAAUGACAAGGAGAAGACAGUUCAAGCUUUCUCCUACCUGGCUUUGGGGCUCGGGCUUGGUGCUGCACUCGUCUUAAGCGGCGUGGUGUUGUUUCUCUUAUGUCUUAAGAAGACGACAUUGUCGGCGCAGAGAUCAACAGUCACGCCCGUGCAAGCAGAGCCCAGUCAUCCUGAAAACAUGGGCAUUGGAACAGAGGCCACGAAAGAUGGGGUUAUCGUGAACGAUCCACCUCCUUACAGUGUAUACCCCAUGGAAAGCGCGCAUUCAGAAGGGAAGACAUCGAAAGUCAUCAAUGUCCAACCACAGUCAAGCCACUGA